CGCAGUUAGUAAGGGUCGGUCCCAUGUUAAUGACGUACUACUUAAUAAAACAGCCUAAAGAGUGAAGAACGUUUCUCAACGUUUAUCCUCAUCGCAUUCUGAAUAUACAUCAUUUUGUUUGAUUAAAUAUUCCAUCAAGGGAUAAGCACAUUCUCUCACGGGUGAGGUUUGACAGUACGAGAUCAAAAUGUCGUACAUGCUACCCCAUCUUCACAACGGCUGGCAGGUUGACCAAGCUAUACUAUCCGAGGAAGACCGAGUUCUUGUUAUUCGAUUUGGACAUGAUUGGGACCCAACCUGUAUGAAAAUGGACGAAGUUCUAUACAGCAUUGCAGAAAAGGUGAAGAACUUUGCAGUAAUUUAUCUGGUGGACAUUACCGAGGUUCCAGACUUCAACAAGAUGUACGAGUUAUAUGAUCCCUGCACAGUCAUGUUCUUCUUCAGGAACAAACACAUAAUGAUUGAUCUGGGAACGGGUAACAAUAAUAAGAUCAACUGGACCAUGGAGGACAAGCAGGAGAUGAUAGACAUAGUUGAAACUGUGUAUCGAGGUGCACGAAAAGGAAGAGGUCUGGUUGUAUCACCAAAGGACUACUCUACAAAAUACAGAUACUGAUACAAUUUUUGCAGCAGGCCCAUGUGUGGUGGCUGUCCUUUGAGACAUUUGACAAAUGGACAAAGAGCUUGGAAGGUGUUUUUUGUUUUUUAUCUACGUGAUCCAAGUUAUGUUUUACUCAGUCUAAAGUUACCCCAGGCAGAAGCAAAACACAUCUUUGAUUCAAUACAUGUAUUGCAACCAUGUUUGCCUAGUAAUAAUUGUUUUUAUCAAAUGUUUUCUACUUGUAUUCAGCAAUUGAUGAGUUUGACAAUUUACAUUCUCAGGAUGAAUAAAUCGCAUUAAUAAAGAUGUUGUAAAGCUGA